AUGCAUAGUUUAAUAGACAUUAUUGCUGGAUUUCUGUAUGCAAUUUUUAUCUUAGCCGUUUUCUAUCCAUAUGUGGAACUCAUUGAUAACUUCAACCAAACAUAUAAAUAUUCUCCGCUAAUUAUCAUCAGUUUGCAUUUGGCCCUGGGGAUCUUUUCCUUCACCCUUGACACUUGGAGUACAUCCCGUGGAGACACAGCUCAGAUCCUGGGCAGUGGUGCAGGAAUUGCAUGUGGAUCUCGUAUUGCUCAUAGCAUUGGCCUGGUGUCAGAUCAUCCUCUUGAUACCAUACCAUUAACUGUUCCCUCUAUCACCGUGACUCGUUUUGGAAAAGUCAUAUUACGGAUUCUAAUAGGAAUGGUAUUUCUGCUACUAAUGAGAAUUGUAAUGAAAAAGAUCACCAUCCCAUUGGCCUGUAAAAUCUUUGGUAUAAAAAAUGAUGAUAUUCGAAAAGCAAGACAGUGCAUGGAAAUUGAACUCACUUAUCGUUAUAUAACUUAUGGAAUGGUUGGCUUCUCUAUCACAUUUCUGGUUCCUUGCUUAUUUUUCUUUAUUGGCCUCUCUUGAUGGAGACCCAUCAUUUAUAAGAAAGGAUAGUAGUAUGUGAGAAUAAUUCUGAGGCAAAAGCCAGAUCAAUGCCUUUGCAGGAAUUUUACUUAAAUCAGUAUUUAAGUAAGUUUUAAGCAGACAGUGCUUUUUACCACUGUUAAUCUGGAUAUUGUUUUGGAGAAUGCUGAGCAAUUUCAUCAUGGAGAAAGUUAUGGACUAUCCCUUAAGUACAAUAUUUUGAGGUGUUUUAUUGCUAUUGUAUAAUUUGGGUUACAGAUCUAUAUAUAAUAUAUAUUUAGGCACAUAAUAUGUAUUUAUGCAUCUAAUGUAUAUUAUAUAUGAGUCUUAAUAAACUGUGGGACUGUAUAAAUAAAUACAAAUAAUAUGCAUACAGUUAUGUCUUUGUAUUUGGAUUUAAUGUAGGUAUGUUGUGAAUAGCCUGACCAAAAAAAAUUUCCUUUAUCUCGAAUGUGAGCCAUUUCCUAAUUAUUAGUUAAUGAAAACAGAAUUAGUAUACAAGCCACUUAUCUGUUUAUUGCCUCCUCCUACACCUUUCAUGCUAUACUUGUUAGUCUAAAUUGGAGGAAUUUAAAGGACCAAAUCUUAAGUAAAAUGAACUUUUGCAUUCAAAAAUUUUGGGACUUUUAGUUUUGUGUACAGUGUAAAAUACUUUGGUUUGCAUUCAUUCUAGAUAUAUCUAAAUUGAUUCAGGUACUGUAUUUUAUUGCUUAUUAAGUGUGCCUUUCUGUUGCUGUAUUAAGAGAUGCCAUGUAUACUGUGAUGUAAAAAUCAAACUGAUAACUUUAUCUUCAAUGACUUAUAAUUAAGGAAUUUAAAAAAACUUAUGUUGAGAAAAUUCUGAGGAGUUUAGAACUAAACUGUACUUUCCACAUUAACUUGUAUGUUAAUAAAUUGAAUGAACUAAA